AAGUGCGCGAAGGCCAACAUGGAGGAGGGCUUUGAUGAGCGUCUGUGUGAGGAGGUCCGCCGCUACAACAGUUCAGAUCGAGACGAGAGCGUGCUCUUUUCUCCUUUUCUCAAGAUGCAUGACGACCGGAGUGUACACAUAACAAUCCAGAAAGGAAGGGCCUUGCCCCAACUUCACAGAUGCACAUCAUGCUGCAAUAACUACCACUGUCCAUUCUGCAGCCCUACAGUUUACUACCCCUCCCCGUUGAACAAAUGUCAGAUACACAUGGAUCUUCAUUUUAACAGAGCUGUUAGCCAUGAAGAAUACACCAUUCACAGAUGUGGACUGGGAUGUCGGCCGCAGCUGCAUUAUCACUGUCCAUACUGCAGUUCAACAAUAAAACGGAAAGACGAUUUUAUUAAACAUAUACAUUUGUGCAAGAAGAAACCAGGUUCCAACCCUACAGUCGAGCCCAGACAUCUCUCUGUGCGGGUAGAAGACAGCUCCAACAGAGCAGGGCCAGGGGAAGGUCCUCAUCUGCCUCUGUCAUCCCUGCGCCUCCUGGUUCCUCCUCUGCGGCUCAUGUCCGCCUGCAUGUGGCAGGUUGCACAGGACCGAAAUGUAGACCAGUAUGGAAAGCUGUUAGAUUUCAUCACAUUAGUGAUUAAGAUGGUUCCCGAGCUGCUGAAAUACAAACAGAGGAGUCAGCUGAUCCUCGGGCUCAGAGCCAGGCUCAUUCUUGAAUUGUUAAAGAACAAAGAAGAAUGUUCCAAAGCUUUUCAGGAUCAUCUCUUAAAAUUCAACCAAAUGGAUACAAGCUACAUGCAUGAAGAGGAACAAGAUGGAGCAGUGGAGUUCUCAAAGGUCACUUUUCUGGAGCUUGUUCAAAAAUUGUUGAGUAAUGAAUCAGAAAAAGAAACUUUCUUUAAGGAAGUCUUCCCAGUUCAGUAUGGAGCUCGGUUUGAUACGGCGUUGCAGAUUCUGGUGUGGGAGUUCUUCUGCCAGCUGGAGGAGUUUGUACCGGUGCCAAGUUUUUCUCGGGUGUUCUCUAUGUUUGACUUUUCUUGCGGCGACUACAAGUUUGAGCAGUUUGUUUCUGAUCAAGAAGAUCUGAAGACAAUUUUGUCGCAUCACCAGGAGCACCAAAAGUUGCCCGAAAGUGAAUUCACCUUCAUGUCAGACACCAUCCUCUCCGCGCUCGCCUCUAAACAAACUUUAGAGGGGUUUAAAGGUCCUUGUGAUCAAAAGAAAUGUCCAGAAAAUGGCUUUAGCAUCGAAGUCCCUUGUGAGGACUCUGAAGAGGCCGACUGUGGUUCUGUCGAGGCUAAUCCAAACUCUGAGGAGCAAGACUACGUACUGUCACCACUCUCCUCCUCUGCGUUUUAUGAAGGUCCUGGGUCAUCUCAUGAGAGCAAAGUAGCCGAGGAAGUGGCUUUCCAGUCAUCCACGUGCUCAGAGAGUUCGCUGGAAGGAGUGACUGAACAUCUGGAUCUUAAUGGCAUCAAGGAAGAACAGAGUAUGAGCCAGUCUUCAUCAAGAGGAAAAGCUGAGAUCUCUCUUCUGUGCAGCCAACCAUUAACAAACAACCAGAACAUUAAUUCUUCAUCACUGCCAUUCAAGUGCCCUAUUUGCCCUUCGACAUUUAAACACUGUGACAGACUGUUAAAUCAUUUAAUCAAGCACCCAAAUGUCCCGCCUUUUACUUGCAGUUAUUGUAGUAAAACAUUUGAAUGCAGAUCUUCAUUUAGCGUUCACCUCCGAGAUCAUGUAGAGAGACCGUAUGCCUGUUCGUGCUGUGACAAGAAGUUCUAUUCAAAGUCGGUCUUGAAGUCCCAUGAGCGCAUUCACACCGAUGAGCGUCCGUAUGCCUGUCCUCUAUGCAACAAGAAAUUCAAACGACCAUAUUCGUGCACUCUGCACCUCAGAAGUCAUACGAAAGACAAGCCAUACCUGUGCAGCACGUGUGGUAUGACCUUCAGCACCUCCAUGGGGCUGUAUGCGCACACGCGCACACACACGGGGGAGCGGCGCUUUCAGUGUGAAUUAUGCCAAAGGAGGUUCGCUUCAUCUACAGGCCUGGCAGUUCAUUGGAGAUCAUCCCACUCAGGAGAAAGGCUGUUCUCCUGCUCAUAUUGUGAAAAAUCAUUCCACUGCAGUUCAGGACUGACGAAACACACAAGGACACACACAGGCGAGAAGCCUCAUAAAUGUGUAACGUGUGGCAAGGCAUUUAUUCAAAAGUCAAACCUGAAAAUACACCUCAAAGUCCACAAAAAUAUGAAGUAAUUUUGGGAUAUGAUUCCCUGGUUUGUUUCAAAUGGUUUUAAGACUUCAGCUGUGUCUACUUUUCUCAAAGAAAGAAGGACACAGGUGUUUUCAACUAUGUUCUGUAUGUUAAAAUGGGCUUGGGAUUCUCACAUAUCUAACUCGCCAUUUUUUGUCUAAAAAAAAUAAAGAUACAAAUACAAUCAUACCCUACUUUUACUGAAAAGUAAUGUCUCAUGUGACCAACUAGACUUCAUUUUCUUGGCCCGUAAACAUUGGGUAGAGGAUGCAUGUACCAUAAGCCUCUGUAGCCUCAAUAGGAUAGUUUUUCUGGCAUGAUUACUGAUCUUGUUGAAGUAAGGUAAUGUCUGGGCUGGGCCUGGGUGAGUCUAGCCUCCCAAGGGGUUGGGUAUGAAGAUGUUUAUCUCUGAAACGGUAAGCUACAUGUUGCUUUGUUCUGUGACGGCAGCAUUUCUCUCGAUUCUUCACACCACUGUUGUGCUAUGUUUAAACCAAACCUGGAACGCUGGUCGAUGUUCUGCUGUCUUGAGUAAAAGGUUUAAUUUCAGUGAUUUCCCAAAAGCAAGCUUCAUGGUAAAUAUAAAAGCUAUUUUAUUAAUCUCAUGUAAGAAAUUAGGUGGUUUUUAAGUCUGCUUGUUACAAGGUACAGCAGAUGGAUGAUGUGAAACGCAUAACUCCUGGUUUGCAGACUAGAGCCAGAUGCAUAAAGCUCUGGCAUCAUGACUGAAACUACACUUUUUUUGCCAGA